ACUGUUCCCUUCGUUUAUACAUACUACCUUCCUAUCACAGAAGCAAGUCUGAAUGGGAUAUUCCAGUAUGGCAGCGCCCGUGAAAGAGUAGUAUUACUUUUUUAAGUACUUACUAGGUGGACUACUUUAUCUGUUUUGCAUGAAUUUUGGAUAGAGUGGGAAGCAGAUCAUUAUGGUGCUAAAAGCAUUUUGCACAAGGACUUCAGCAUUGCUGCAUCAGCGGUUCUGCUCAGACUAUGUGAAACAAAUGCGCUACUUGUUUAACCUAAAGGAGGAUGAUGAUGCUUGUCGACAGGCUUUGACCUCUGGAACAUUCUACCUCUUCCACAACCUUGCACCCCUCUUACAGAAAUCUAAGGAAGGCAAUACUGCACCUCAAAUAAAUGCUUCAGAGGUAAAUACAAUCCUAGAAAAGAUGGGACAACAGGAAAUGAAAUUAGAAGAUUCGGUACUUAUUGACUGUUCAGAAAGGGAAGUUGCUCAGUUUGCCCUUGAUCUAGGAUUAUUAGAAAAGUCUGCAUUGGAAUCAAAUUUGCAGGGAAAAUUUGUGGAUUUACGGAAAGCUUUGCUUCUUUUGAAUGGAAAGAAUGCUCCACUAUUAAUGAAGGCUCAAGCUCUCCUUCGCUGGCAUGCUUCAAACCAGUACUGCAGUCAAACAGGACAGCCUACCCAAAAGUCUGUAUCCGGCAGUAAACAAAUCUGUAGUGCCAAUGGAAAGAUUUACUACCCACAGAUGUCUCCUGUGGUUAUCACAUUGGUAUCUGAUGGCUCCAGGUGCCUUCUUGCACGUCAGGAAGCUUUUCCAGCAGGGAUGUACACUGCUCUGGCAGGAUUCUGUGACAUUGGUGAAACAGUUGAAGAUGCAGUUCACAGGGAGGUUGCUGAAGAGGUUGGCUUAGAAGUGGAAGCUGUGAAGUACACUGGUUCUCAGCACUGGUCCUUCCCGGAUAGCUCACUGAUGAUUGCCUGCCAUGCUACAGUGCAUCCAAAAAAGACGCAGAUUCUGUUGAAUAAAUUUGAGUUGGAAGAUGCUCAUUGGUUCAGUGUUGAAGAAGUACUGAUGGCCUUGAAUCGUGGAGUCUUUCUCAAAGGAGAGAGUGGUACUGUUCCAGUCUGGGUUCCACCCAAGUGGGCCAUAGCACACCAUCUGAUACAGGAGUGGGCUCAGCAGCAAAUCAGAUAGCUCCUAGCUGCAUGUACAUACGCAUGCCGUUAUUUUUCAUGCUUGUGAACUUGUCCUGGUAGAUAACCAGAUCAGCAGUAUGAAGCUGCUGCACCUGUAGUGCUGUUUAAAAUGUGGUGCCUUAGAAUGCAUACUGUGAUUAUAUAAUGCCACUAAUAGUGUUUUUAUAGAGAGGUUUUAAGUAUUUUCAAUAAGUAAGUAAGUACUUACCUUGUCACUUCUAAGAGUUGGAAGUUUAAUAAAAGUAUUUGAGAAGCUGUAAUCCAGUAGGGCAGAUUCAGCUGUCGUAGCAUUCUUCAUAAUCAAUGUACUUCAAUGUAGAGUACUAAAGGAUUUCAAAAUUUAACCAUACCUGCAAUUCAGAUAAUAUUAAAAUAUGUGAAAAUGCUGUUGACUUUAAAUCAUACUUGCAUGUAAUAGAUUGGAGAAUUGUGUGAUAUGACGAAAGAGAGCAUCUGGCACAUACACUCUUUGUAUGUUUAUUCCCUUAAGUAUGUUGCAUAUUGUACUUGACUAGAACUUAUUUAUUUGUUUAUGUUUUAAUCAUUACGAUAUUCAUUUAGGUAUUGGAUGAUUUUUUUUUACUUGAGGCUAAGGGAGAAAAGCUUCACAUAUAGAUCAUGAAUGUACACAGCCUGAAGUUUUUACAUAGAUGGCAUAUAACACAUACAUAGCUUGUAUAUAGAAAAAUGUUUACAGAUUUGUCUAGUCUUAGACUGAGUUUACAAAUUAGAUGAAAACAAUGAAGUGAGAACCCUCAUGGAAGCAAAUAUUUCAAGUCCUGCACAAUUUUAAUAAUCACUUCUUUACAGAUUACAUUAGAGCAUUAAAGAAUAGCUGUUAA